GGGGAUGGGGAGAGCGAACGAGCGAGCUUCACCCCUUCCUUUCUCCCCUAAAAUUGCCUUCCAGUAAUUGUAGGUUUCCCCUAAAGACAUUUGGUGUCACUGUAAGGACAGCAUUUUUCUCUGUCUGUUCAGCGAUUCGGUUGCUUUCCCGGUGCAUCCACUCUGCGAAGCCUGAGCCGAGCCUAGCAUAAGGCACAGCGCGGGAGAAAGAGAAAGCAACGGCAGACGACCCUCUCCUCUUCCUCUUCCAGGUUUCCCUACCAAACUUCUCCCCUGCCAUCUUCCACCUCUCCUCCUUCCCUCCCUCCUCCUCUCGCUCACCUGGCUCUUUCCUGGGAAGCUCGCUCGCCCGCUCUCCUUCCUUCCCCCCUCUCCAUCCAGCCCCCUUUCCCACCCCGACGCGCAAGGGCGCGCGCGCCAAGAGUUCCAGCUCAGGCUCCCAACCUUCGGACUCCAGCCUGAAUCGGAGGCACGUUUUUUUUUUACCAUGUAUUUCCCCUUUAAACCUUCUCCUGCCUCCCAGCCCUCGCCGCCGCUUCCAGCUAUGGAUCUAACGCAACGGCAUACUCUCCACUCCCCGGCGCUCAGCUGAUCCUCAUCGUCUUCUUUUUUGGGGGGGGAGCCCCGUUGUAGAUGUGCGCGCGCGUGUGGGGUGUCUUUUUUCUUUCCUCCCCCCGGCUGGGAAUUUUGUCAAAGUACCUUCUUUUUCAAACUUCUCUGGACCUGGACUCCCCCCACCCCUUCCUCCUCGGAUAUUUCUCUUCCAUGCAAAGGGAUUCUCAUUUCAUGCCAACAUGGCCGAACAUGGCUCCCACCCCUCCUCUACCCGGCAGUCGGGGAACCCACCCACUCGCAAUCCCACUCUGUGCUCUCUGGAACAUGUGGAUCCGGGAAUGAGUGAGCAACCAACCCUGCUGGAGCAACCACCACCAUCCCCAGACCUGGGUGAUGAAGAUGAUGAUGGUGACAUGGAGCCUCCGCCGGACCCAGAUGUGCCCUAUCCUGAUUUGGCCCCCGUGGUUUUCUUCUGCCUGAAACAGACCACCAGCCCUCGCAGUUGGUGCAUCAAGAUGGUGUGCAAUCCUUGGUUUGAGUUUGUCAGUAUGAUGGUGAUCCUGCUGAAUUGUGUGACCCUUGGGAUGUACCAGCCUUGUGAUGAUAUGGACUGCCUCUCCAACAGAUGUAAAAUUUUACAGGUUUUUGACGAUUUCAUCUUCAUUUUCUUUGCGAUGGAGAUGGUUUUUAAAAUGGUGGCCUUGGGGAUCUUUGGCAAGAAAUGCUACCUUGGAGACACUUGGAACCGCCUGGAUUUCUUCAUUGUUAUGGCUGGGAUGGUGGAAUAUUCUCUGGAUCUCCAGAAUAUCAACCUGUCUGCAAUCCGCACUGUGCGCGUCCUGAGGCCCCUCAAAGCCAUCAACCGUGUGCCUAGCAUGCGAAUCCUGGUGAAUUUGCUUUUGGACACCCUGCCUAUGCUGGGGAACGUUCUGCUUCUCUGCUUCUUCGUCUUCUUCAUCUUUGGCAUCAUUGGGGUGCAGCUGUGGGCUGGUCUGCUGAGAAACCGCUGUUUCAUGGAAGAGAACUUGACAAUACAAGGCAACAUUACCCUUCCUCUCUAUUAUCAACCUGAGGAGGACGAUGAAAAGCCCUUCAUCUGUUCACUGUCAGGAGAUAAUGGAAUCAUGGGCUGUCACGAGAUUCCCCCACUGAAGGAGCGAGGCCACGUUUGCUGUUUGGACAAGGAUGACUAUUACUACUACACCUCUGUAAGACAGGAGUUCAACGUCAGCGGCAUGUGUGUCAACUGGAACCAGUAUUACAAUGAGUGUCGCACGGGCAAUGCCAACCCACACAAAGGGGCUAUCAACUUUGAUAAUAUUGGCUAUGCAUGGAUUGUUAUAUUUCAGGUGAUUACACUGGAAGGGUGGGUUGAGAUUAUGUACUAUGUGAUGGAUGCUCAUUCAUUCUACAACUUCAUCUACUUCAUCUUGCUGAUCAUUGUGGGCUCAUUCUUCAUGAUCAACCUAUGCCUAGUGGUCAUUGCUACACAGUUUUCGGAGACCAAGCAGCGAGAGCACCAAUUGAUGCAGGAGCAGCGAGCACGGUACCUGUCUUCCAGCACCGUGGCCAGCUACAUGGAACCAGGAGACUGCUAUGAAGAAAUCUUCCAAUACGUCUGCCAUAUUGUACGCAAGGCCAAGCGCCGCACCCUUGGCUUCUACAACAGCCUGCAGGAUCGGCGCCUGGGCCGAACGGAGCCAAGCGCUGCCAAGAGGAGAAUGAAUGGGAAAGACCAGAGGCAAUACAGACGUUGCCGAAAGCACAACUGUGUUGAUUACGUGCCACAAGGCCUUGGCCAACCGAUUGCCAUGACUUUGACGUCUGACCCCAGCAACUGCCCAAGAUGUCACAAGGCCCAGCGGGAAGCAGCCCGGAGACUCUCCGUGCUUGAGAGCGCCGAUUCGGAUCAGGAAGAAGGAAGAGGACCCAGUGAAGAGGAGGGAGAUGGAAGAAAAGAAAGCACCGGGACUACAGACCUGGAGAAAGAGGAGGAGGAUGGAGAAGAAGGUGGACAGCUGGCUCUCUGGGGUGACGUGUGGCAAGAAGUCAGGGUUAAACUGAGGGGAAUUGUGGAGAGUAAAUACUUCAACCGUGGGAUCAUGAUCGCCAUCCUUGUGAACACCAUCAGCAUGGGCAUUGAGCACCAUGAACAGCCAGAAGAGCUGACUAAUAUUUUGGAAAUCUGCAAUGUUGUGUUUACCAGCAUGUUUGCCCUAGAGAUGAUCUUGAAACUUGCUGCCUUUGGCCUCUUUGAUUAUCUUCGCAAUCCUUACAACAUCUAUGACAGCAUCAUCGUCAUCAUCAGCAUCUGGGAGAUCAUAGGCCAGGCUGAUGGUGGCCUGUCCGUGUUGAGGACAUUCCGGCUACUGAGGGUGUUGAAGCUGGUGAGGUUCAUGCCUGCCUUGCGGCGUCAGCUGGUGGUGCUCAUGAAGACCAUGGACAAUGUCGCUACCUUCUGCAUGCUCCUCAUGCUGUUUAUCUUUAUAUUCAGCAUCCUGGGAAUGCACAUCUUUGGGUGUAAAUUCAGCCUCAGGACUGACACAGGAGACACAGUCCCUGACCGGAAGAAUUUUGACUCCCUACUUUGGGCUAUUGUCACAGUGUUCCAGAUCUUGACUCAGGAGGACUGGAAUGUUGUGCUCUACAAUGGCAUGGCCUCAACUUCUCCAUGGGCAUCUCUUUACUUUGUGGCUCUCAUGACAUUUGGCAAUUAUGUUCUGUUCAAUCUGCUGGUGGCCAUCUUGGUGGAGGGAUUCCAGGCCGAGGUCUUUGAUUUUAUUUUCCCAAUGCAGGGUGAUGCUAACCGGUCAUAUUCAGAUGACGAUCAGAGUUCAUCAAACAAUGAGGAGUUUGACAAAUUCCAAGAUGGCUCGGAUCCAAAGCUUUGUGCAAUUCCCAUGACCCCAAAUGGACAUCUUGACCCCAGCCUUCCGUGUCUCAACCAGCCUGGAGCAGCUGCUGGAAUUCCCAACCCUUCCCGCAAUACUCUGCAGCCAGACCAAGUCCUCAUGGCCCUCGAAUCCAGGAAAAGCAGUGUAAUGUCUCUGUCUAGCUCUCGUAGUUCUCAUUACGGUGCCUGGAGCCGGACUGGGGGCUGGGGGAGCCGCCGCUCCAGCUGGAACAGCCUCGCCCGGGGACAGAGCCUCAAGCACAAGCCUCCUUCAGCUGAGCACGAGUCCCUCUUAUCCGGGGAACGACACAGGGCAUCAGAGGGUGAACAGGAAGGGCUAGUAAGAGUUCACCACCAUCGGCGAACCCUCUCCUUGGACACCAAAGGCUCCUCUGAACUGGUGGAGUUGGCACCCACAGUCCUAUCCAAUCACAGGCCUUUGCGGAAAAUGGGUGUGACCACAGGACCCAGUGAGCACCAGAACUGCAAUGGCAAAAUGCCCAACAUUGCUAAAGAUAUGUUCCCAGAAAUGAACAACCGCAAAGACCAUGGAGAAGAUGAGGAGGAGAUAGACUAUAGCCUGUGUUUCCGUAUCAAAAAGAUGAUAGAGGCCUACAAGCCAGACUGGUGUGAGUUGCGUGAAGACUGGUCCAUCUACCUUUUCUCACCACAAAACAGAUUUCGUAUCCUCUGUCAAACUAUCAUCGCCCAUAAGCUGUUUGAUUACAUUGUCCUGGCCUUCAUUUUCCUGAACUGCAUCACUAUUGCCCUGGAGAGACCACAGAUUGAACAGAGAAGCACAGAGAGAAUCUUCCUUACGGUAUCCAAUUACAUCUUCACAGCGAUCUUCGUUGCUGAGAUGACGCUGAAAGUAGUCUCCCUUGGCUUAUAUUUUGGGGAGCAGGCCUAUCUCCGCAGUAGCUGGAAUAUCCUGGAUGGCUUCUUGGUGUUCGUGUCCAUCAUUGAUAUUGUGGUUUCGGUAGCCUCUGCUGGUGGAGCCAAAAUUCUGGGCGUGCUGCGAGUCCUCCGGCUGCUGCGUACUUUACGCCCUCUUAGGGUUAUAAGUCGUGCACCGGGCCUGAAGCUUGUGGUCGAGACACUCAUUUCAUCACUCAAGCCCAUUGGAAACAUCGUCCUCAUUUGCUGUGCUUUCUUCAUCAUCUUCGGCAUUCUUGGGGUGCAGCUGUUCAAGGGGAAGUUCUACCACUGUCUGGGCGUGGACACCCGAAACAUCACCAAUAGGUCUGACUGCAUGGCUGCCAAUUACAAGUGGGUUCAUCACAAAUACAACUUCGACAAUCUGGGCCAGGCUUUGAUGUCACUCUUUGUACUGGCUUCCAAAGAUGGCUGGGUCAACAUUAUGUACAAUGGACUGGAUGCUGUGGCUGUUGAUCAGCAGCCAGUGACCAACAACAACCCUUGGAUGCUCCUUUACUUCAUUUCUUUCUUGCUCAUCGUCAGCUUCUUCGUCCUCAACAUGUUUGUAGGGGUGGUGGUGGAGAACUUCCACAAAUGUCGGCAACACCAAGAGGCAGAAGAGGCCCGGCGGCGGGAAGAGAAGCGCCUGAGGCGCCUGGAGAAGAAGCGUAGGAAAGCACAGCGCUUGCCGUAUUAUGCCACCUACUGCUCUGUCCGCCUCCUCAUCCAUUCGGUCUGCACCAGCCACUACUUGGACAUCUUCAUCACUUUCAUAAUUUGCCUCAACGUUGUCACUAUGUCCCUGGAGCACUACAACCAGCCAAUGUCUCUGGAGACUGCCCUCAAGUACUGCAACUACAUGUUCACCACUGUGUUUGUCCUGGAAGCGGUUUUGAAGCUUGUAGCCUUUGGGCUGAGACGCUUCUUCAAAGACAGGUGGAACCAACUGGACCUGGCCAUUGUUCUGCUCUCAGUCAUGGGCAUCACACUUGAGGAGAUUGAAAUAAAUGCUGCCCUUCCCAUCAACCCAACCAUCAUCCGUAUCAUGAGAGUGCUGCGUAUUGCCCGAGUUUUGAAGCUCCUGAAGAUGGCGACUGGAAUGCGAGCAUUACUGGACACAGUUGUGCAAGCACUGCCACAGGUGGGGAAUCUUGGACUGCUCUUCAUGCUCCUUUUUUUCAUCUAUGCUGCUCUAGGAGUGGAGCUCUUUGGGAAACUCAUUUGCAAUGAUGAGAAUCCCUGUGAGGGUAUGAGCCGUCAUGCCACCUUUGAGAACUUUGGGAUGGCCUUCCUCACACUUUUCCAGGUCUCCACUGGUGAUAACUGGAAUGGAAUCAUGAAGGACACACUGCGUGAAUGCACUCAUGACGACCGGAGCUGUCUCAGCAACCUGCAGUUCAUCUCGCCACUCUACUUUGUCAGCUUCGUGCUCACCGCCCAGUUUGUCCUCAUCAAUGUAGUAGUAGCUGUGCUUAUGAAACACCUGGACGACAGCAACAAGGAAGCACAAGAGGAUGCAGAAAUGGAUGCUGAGAUUGAGCUGGAGAUGGCCCAUGGCCUCUGCUCCCGUAACUGUGGUUCACCGAGUGCUGGACACGAUGGAGGAGGUGGGAGAUUGGAUCCUGGAGGACAGCUGUGCAUGGCAUGUUACUCUCCUGCACAGGAGAACUUAUGGCUGGACAGUGUCUCUUUAAUUAUUAAGGACUCCUUCGACGGGGAGUUAAUGAUCAUCGAUAACCUAUCGGGCUCCGUCUUCCAUCAUUACUCCUCGCCGGCCAUGUGCGAGAAGUGUAACCAUGACAAGCAAGAGGUUCAGCUGGCCGAAAUGGAAGGCUUAUCACUCAACUCUGAUAAGUCUUCCAUCCUGCUUGGGGACGAUGGAGACAACAACAGUGUCGAUCAGCCAAGCCCUAAGGAGGAGGAGGCCAAGGAUGGUGAAGACAGUCCUAACUCCACAGGGAUUGUGGGUUUGGAGGAAUGUCUCUUCCCUUUAACAAAUAUGGAAGCUUCUCCAACUCCAGAAAGCUACUUGUGUGAAGUGGAGAAAAUCUCUUUCAGUCCAGUCCAGUCUUGGCUGAAGAACGAGAGCAACCCAGGUCCUCCUACCCCCUUCUCUCCAGAUCCAUCCAAUCCCCUGUUACCAUUGCGAGCAGAGUUUUUCGUCCCAGCUGUUCCUGCCAAUCCGCCAAGUCAGGAGAAAGCUUCCUGCCCAGAGAGCCUCCCAAAAAUCUCUUUGCAAGCUUCCUGGGCGUCUCUGCAAUCUCCAGGUGUCCACUGCUCACUUAUCCACCAGACCACAGAGAGUGACACCUCCCUGGAAGACUGCAGGAGCAACAGUUCGGAAGGCAGCUUGCAGACCACACUGGAGGACAGCUUAAACCUCAGUGACUCGCCCCAGUGCACCCUGGACCUCCCAGUUGCACUGUGCCCAGUGCCAGCCACAGCCACCAAAAAAGCCUUGGUGGCGCCUCUUUCCCCUGCCUCCCGCAGGCAGAGCUUGAGGGGCCGUGGGAUCUUCACUCUCCGGAACAUCAGCCGGCACCAGCGGAGCCACAGCAGCGGUGGGAGCACGAGCCCCGGCUGCACUUACCAUGACUCCAUGGACCCUUCGGACGAGGAGGGCGCAGGGAGCAGCCUGAGAGGCGGAGGCAACAACAGUGAGCAGUCAGAGACCCUCAGCAGUCUCUCUCUGACGUCCCUCUUCUCGCCGCCCCCUCCGCCCCAAGGUCUGGCGCUUGUGAAGAAGUGCAACAGCACCAGCAGUCUCCACGCCAACCCUUCCUCCCGGGGCUCUGCAGCAAACGAUGGCAAGCAGUUCUACUCUGUUGACCCCAGGGGUUUUUUAUCCAUGCCCUCGUGGGUGACGGACUUCUGCAAGAACAGCCCCUCUCCGCGGGAGGGCAACGUACCAGAGGGCUCGGACAGGAUUGAGACUGCAGGCCACAGCUCCCCAAUUCCUUCCGAGUUGCAGCUGGGGAGCGGAGUCAGCAAGAGGAAUAGAUGAGGCAGCUCCCCAAGACAGGGAGGAAGAGCGUCGUGUGAACAAGGGAGCGUGUGCUGGCUGCCAUUUCCGAAACAGUUCCAAACGCAGGAGCUGUGGAGAAGGAAACAAGCAGACACGCAAAAUAUAAAUAUGUGUGUGUGUGUGCGUGCGUGUGCGUGUGUAUGUGUGGAAAACAAAGACUUUUGUACCAUACCUCAGAGACACGAGAGAGCGAAAGCAAUAUGUGGACCCCCCCACCCACCUACCCAUGCACGGGACCAGCACCUCUGCAAAGACGACAGUGGGGCAUAGGGAUCCAGAGAAUUCUGGGUGAUGAGGCUGAAGAGCCUCUGGCCCAAGGAGUAGCCUGGGGGGCAGCCGUUUACUCCUCUACAUAGACAAAUAUAUAUGUACAGAUAUAGAGAAUGAGUUAUUUAUUUUUUUUACAGAGAGUUUAGGACUUCCAGAAAAGUGCUAAGCGUGAAAAGGGCAGGGUCUUGGGGGGAGGGGAUUAUUUCAGACUGAAAUCAGCAACCAAGCUGUGUUUUAAGGGUUUGGGAAUCUCUUUUGAGGAAAAUCAGAUUGCUCUAUGUUUCUAUUUGGGAAAUAGUAAUAGUGCAAAAGCUAUUGUCCAGCUGUUUGGGGGAGACGGGGCAGCAAAGGACAGCUCACUAUGUGAAAAUGCUCCAUAGAAAUACUUAGGGUGAGCACCAUUAAAUCUUCAGCUGGGGUUGUGUCCUCUCAGUGUAGCUGAGCUCCUCAGGCAAGGACAAUGAAGGCUCCAUUUCUUAAAUGUGAACUCUGAGGGUCUUGCGGCUCCGACUGUGGGGCCAUGGAGCACUGGAGGCUAUUCAGGUUUGCUUUUUUUAAGGGUGUGCGUGUGACAACGAGAAGUCACAGGGCAACUACUGGAUGCUCCGAUUCUCACUGAUCUUUUUUUUCUUUUUGCAACAAAAAAAAAUCUAAGAAAGAAAGCUGCUUGGGGGGGAACUACUCUGUACUGUUAAGGGGUUUGGGGUGUAGAGUUUAUUUUCUUUAACAUUCAGUACUUUUGAAGAGUCUAUUUUAGAAGCCCAAAGGUGCAAAAACCAUCUCUAGAGAAAGGUAUGUUAUUUUUUACAAAUAUAUUGAAAGAAUAAAAAUGAAACAUGAGAGAAUGAGCAAGAGGAGCAGGCCGAACCUCAAGCGUAAAGCGCCAUUAGCUCUCUGUCUCGUUUGGGGCUCAUAACUUUGACACACGGGGAUUUAUCUCUGAAUAAUCUUAGGGAAGAUAGGUGAGCCUUGUUCCUCCCUAAUGCUUUUUUAUGGCCUUCUGUGCUAAUUCAGUGUGGUGGCUCUUGGACUGUGUCAGAUGAGAUAAGAAUUCAAAACAGUCUGCACCUUUUUGGGCCCCGACAGCAGAAGUUGAUGGAGAGGGCCAAACUGCAGCUGUGGUUGGCAUUGCAUGUAUCUUUUAAAAACUUUAAAUAGCUGCUGCUGCUGCUGCUGAAAGGCGGGAAGCAGGAUGGAUUGGGACCACGAUGCAUACAGGGCGGCUUUAACCCUUUCCCCUUGUUUCAUAACCCUGACAGCCCCUCUCAAGCUGCUUUUUGACACAGGAAGGAAGCCCCCCACUGGCUCCAAUGAGUACUUCCCUCUGAUGCCAAAUAGCAACUUGUGGGGGGCAGGAGGAAAGAGUUAAACUGCUUCCCCAGGUGCUGCAGUGUCAGUCAUCAUGAUUUGGCCCCACAUCAGCUAUUUAUGGUCUUUAAAAGUUACACACAACACCAAACUGCAUGUAUAAUGUCACAUGUAGUUUGGCCUUGAGUGAGUGAGUGUGUGUAUGUGUGUGUGUGUACAUGUGUGUAAAUGUAUGUGUAUAUGCAAUACAGUGGGUUAUUUAUUCACCAGUGAAUGUUUGAAAGGAUUGUUGCUCGCCUUUUCUGUGCUUUGCAAACAGGGUGGAUUGAUCACCAGGGUGGUGGCCCGUUGCUGGUUAGAUAUAGUGGCUGGUUAGACGAAAUCUACUCAGUCAUAGGGAUCGUUCUCAAAAAAACAGAGAGGUCCGUUUCUUUCUCUAUCAUGUGUAACUCAUUCCCAGUGAUUCAAUCCCCCUUUCAGGGUGCCUUUGUAUCCAGUCUUGCUUUUUCUACCACUAGCCAAGCCCUCUGCUAGGAAGACUGAUUUCUGGAAAGCAUAUAUUAUUAUUUUUCAGGGCAGGGGUAGGACAUUCAGCAAUGCAGCUUAGUGUUGCCAACUGACCCAGGGGUGGGAGCAACCUGGCAGGCUCCUUUGGCAGAAGCAUGAUCCACAGAAAUCAGCAGGUGAAGCUUUUCCCAUCAUGGAGAUGGAAUCUCUCUCUUGCUUAUUGCUGCAGAUCGAAGCACUGUUUCAUGGCACAUCUACAGGUGCUGGUGGAAAAGUUGGCAGCCAACUUAAAGGGCUUUGGGAAAACAACAGUAGGAAACGAUCCCCUUUCCUGCUACCACGUUUCUCUUCGCUGAAAGGCACAUGCCAUUGGGGUGGAGGGGGAGAGGUGCAUAGGGAGGAGAGCUUGCUUUCAGAGGAGGGCACUCCUGUCCUCUGCUGCAUAGAGUGGACCACACCUACCUCUGUGGACCCCUUCUGCAAUUUUGGGGCUCGCGCCAAGGGUCAAGGCCCUUUAAAGAGCCAUGAUUGUAGCCCCCUGUAACGUAAGAAGCAAGGGCACUGCUGGUCUGUAUGUCAAAACAGUUGUUUUGUUCUUUAUAUUUGAUGAGGCAGUAAAUACCAAAUGGAGAUGGAAUUACAAUGGCAUCACACCUCGGAAAGUAAUACAUGUUCCUUAGCGAGUGCAGAAGCUGAACUGAGCAGUGUGUCUAAUGCUCUGGGAUCCCCUAAGAGAUCUGAAAUCCCCACCUCUUCAGAUAAGCCACUGGUCUGCAUUAAUAAAGCAAUAACAGCAGUGUUGAUUUUAAAUGUUUAUUUUGUGCUGAAUUUUGUGGCAUGUUUCCCACCUAUUUUCUUUUUCAAGCAUAAAACUCUCAUGGGGAGAAAAAACGCAGCCCCUCUUUAAAUCACACACACUCCCCUGCAAGGGACAAGGAAGCAGUCGCUACCAAAACAUUUUAAUGAGACUGAAAUUGAUCAACUUCAUCAUCCCCAUCCCAUGCUGAAAUCGUUCAGGGGCCAGUUCAUUCUGUUCAUCAGGGAAUCUCCAGCCGUUUUUGCUUUUGGACAGCUGUCAGACGACAACAUCAGCUCCCGUACCAAACACCAACAGAGGCACAGUAGACCUCACACUGCCUGCCAAAAUAGUAGGUAGGGAUUUUACAUUCCUAUUGGAUGUUGCCUAUGAAAAUCCUUGCAAAACUCAAUGGGGAGCCCAAUGCACACCUGCACGCUCACAAUAUCAUUCCAAAAUGCCAUGGUGUGAACUGAAUAUAUGAAAUUGUACCUAGAUAUGCUUGAAAUGUGGAGAGAGAAAGCCCACUCACACGCAAAGACAAAAUAUGCAGUGUAUAAUGUUGUCUGCAGUUAUUUCAAAUGUAGCCUUAAAUAGUGGAGAGGUGGACAUGAAAAGCAGCUAGGAAUUUAAUUUCCUUGUAUUGAGAGUGGCUGCAAAGUCUGAGGAAUUCAGAAGGGGUGCUUAACCCUUCCUUUACCCACCCAUUUGUCUCUGUGUUAGUGUUGGGCCCGCUUGUGUUUGUACUGUAAAGUGUUGUUCUGCCCUGAGAAUGGUCGCCAUCAAAGAGUAGAGCAGGGUUCAAACCUGCAUUGCUUAGAGCCUGAUUCUAUGCAUGUUUAAUUAGAAGUAAUUCCCACUCACCAGUGGUGCUAGGCUGGGUCUCUGGUUGUCAUGUUUGAGAAAGCACCAUCUCAUGUUCACAAGCAGGUUUUCUGCUUCAUACAUUUCAGUUAUUUUGAUAAUCGUUUCUAUCUUGUGAGCCCUUACAUUUCAGGGGCUUGUUUUUUGUUUGCACAUUUUUCAUAACCUUACAAUAGGAGGGUCUUUGUUGGGGGGCUUCUGGC